AAUCCAUGCUAGUACGAUCAAAUCACAGAAAUGGCCAAGUUCACCACCAUGGUUUCUCUCCUCUCCAUUGCAGUAGUCCUAUUGAUCGCAUCGACGGUAAAUGCCGGAUCCGACGCUCCGUUCAUCGUAGUUCACAAGAAAGCCACACUCAAUAGGCUCAAUUCCGCCGUCGAAAAACUCUCCGUUUCCAUAAACAUCUAUAACCAAGGAUCUGCGGCUGCAUAUGAUGUUAGCCUCUCUGAUGAUGGCUGGUCUCCUGAGAUAUUCAGCAUUGUCUCAGGGAACACUUCAACCUCUUGGGAAAAACUUGAUGUUGGUGCUCUUCUAUCACACUCAUUUGAGUUAGAAUCCAGAACAAAAUCUGUCUUUUACAGCACACCUGCUGUUAUUACAUUCCGUGUCCCCACAAAGGCUGCACUACAGGAAGCAUAUUCGACCCCACUUCUGCCUCUUGAAAUCCUAUCAGAUAAGCCACGCAAAACUACACUUGGUCUUAGCUUGAUGGUGAAAUAUGGCAACUUAGUAUCUGUAAUCUCCCUUGUGGUUUUAUUCGUGUAUCUGAUGGUAACCCCACCUAAUAAGUCCAAUGCUGCAAAGGGAAGUAAGAAGAGGCGUUGAUUUUUAUAUUCUCUGUAAUGUCAUGUCCAAAAAAAAAAAUUGUUUUUGUUGUGAUGGAAUUCGUUUUGUAAAAUCUUCCUAAAAAGAUGAUUUGUGGAAGAAGAUUUGAGAUCCUUAAUUACCCUUAGCUUCAUCUAUAAGGUUGCUUUUUCAAGGGUUAAAUGCAAGAAAUAGCUUUUGAAAAAACUACCCAAUAAUUGUGCAAUGUAAUCCAAAUAAAAAGCAACUUAUAUUUCGUGCA